AUGUUGGACAAAUUCUUCUCUGAAAUAUUUCUCUCCUAUUGUAGUGAUACUCAGCAGCGACCCGAGAGAGAAUUAGCCUUGAAUUUAAAACAAUUAUUGGAAAAGAAUUGUACUGAGGAAAAAUUUAUUUUAAGAUCUCAAAGAAUUGGUAUUGCAACAGCUAAUAGUUUAGCAAGGUAUUUUGCUCAAACUGUUAGUAAAGAUAGCCCUCUUCAUGUUUUGGAUCUUCAUGAAAAUGUCAUCCGAGACAAGGGCGUUCAAGCAUUAAUAGAUGAAUUAAAAUCAUUAAAUACUGUAAAAAUACUUGAUUUAGGUAGUAAUGAUUUAGGAUCAGAAUCAGCCAUCCUUAUUGCUGAUUACCUUAAAAAACCUGAUUGUAAAUUAGAAUCUUUGAUACUAGGAAGUAGUGAUUCAGACUUGUAUGCAAAUAAGAUUGAAGCAGAAGGUGGUGUUUCAAUUGCCGAGGCUUUAUCAUCAAACUUUACUUUACAUACUCUCGAUUUUAAUAGAAAUUCUCAACUAGGAAGAAAAACUCAACAAGCAUUCUUUGCUUUAGCAGAUGCUUUUGAUGAAAAUAAGACAAUUAGCUGUUUACGAUUGGGACAAACUAAUAUGGGUUCUGUAGCUGCUGUCAAUGUUAUUCAAUCAUUGGAAGGUAAUUCAAAUUUGAGAUAUUUAGAUUUACACGGAAAUGAUUUACCUGUAGAUAUUGCUGAAAGUCUUGGAAAAUUAACAUGCACCUGUAAAAACCUAUCUGUUUUACUAUUACAAAAUAAUUGCUUGAAACAAACAGGUGCAGAAAUAUUAUGUAACUUCCUUAAACAAAAUACUUUCAUUACUGUACUUAAUUUGGCUGGAAAUGAAAUUGGAAACGAAGGAGCAUCAUAUGUUGCAGAUUAUCUGUCAUGUAAACAUACUUUAGUUUACUUGAAUUUGAGUAAAAAUCAAAUAACUGAGGAAGGUAUAAUUACCAUUGCACAGGCUAUUAAUUGUCCUCAAAAUACUUUACACUCUUUAAAUUUGAGUAAUAAUAGAGUGGGAAAUAGUGGUGCAAAGGCUUUAGCAAAAUGUGUAGAAUAUGACCAAUGUGGAAUAGUUAACUUGGAAUUGAAUUCUUGUGGAAUUGGUGAUCAAGGAGCUGUAUCCCUCUGUCUUUCUUUGACAUGUAACACAACUCUGUUGUAUAUGAAAGUACACAACAAUCAUAUUUCUGAAGAGGCUGGAAAGGCAGUUCUAGACUUGCUGGAAAAAAAUCAUACACUCAUGUCUUUUGAUGUGAGGGGAAAUCAAUUAGACCACCCAACCUAUUUGAAAAUUAAGAAGGUUUUACAACGAAAUAAGACUGAUAAAAUGUUGAUUGAACCAAAUAAGUUAAAAAAGGAAGUAAUUAGAUUGAAAUAUGUACAAAAACUUCUUCAAGAUGCAUCAAAAGAACUCGAAUAUCAAGAAAAUAUUAGACUUGAAACUACUUCAAAAGUGGAAAGGAUCAAUGAACGAAUUAAGGUAAUAACAGAAGAAACAGACUCUUCUGCUUCAGAUAUAAUUUCUCAAAUUAAGGAGGAACAGAAAAGAAUUGACUUUUUCCAAGAUAGAAUAACGGCAGUAAUGGAGGAUAAAAAGCAGAAGAAUGCUAAAAACGAGCAAUUGAUGAAAAUUAAAAUGGACAAUCAUCAAAAAGAAUUGGAUGCUAAAGCAGAGAUUGAGGAAGAACUUAACGACGCCAGAGAAAUGUUGCAAGACACAAGAAAAAGAAAAGAAAUUGAAAUCAAAACAUUGCAAGAAAAAAUCAAAUCAGUUAAACUCGCAGCUCAAGAUGAAGAAAAGAAGAGAGAAAAACAUUCAAUGGAGAUUGUAGAUAUUAGAGUUAGACUUCAUGAUAUUGAAACUGAAUUUAUUAAACAGUUUGGAGAGGAUCAUCAAGAGAAAAUUGAUCAAAUGUAUAUGGAAAUGAAGAAAGAAGAUGAAGAAACGUUUGUUAGACUUGGAUCUAAAACUAAUCUUUUGGUGGAUAUGGAAGCUUUAAAGAAAGCUAAAAGUAGUACUACACCAGGUACAAGUCACCCCUCAAAGGAUUCUUCAAAAGAUUCAGGAAAAACAACACCACAUUCAUCAACAGCAACAGCAACAACAUCAACGACAGGUGUUGGAAUUAGUGGAACUAGCUCAACAACAAGACCUACAACACCAAAAGAACCAUCAAGUGGAAAGGAUACACCAAAAACUCCAAAGGACACCAAGGAUACAAGUACAAAAACUGGACGAUCUUCAACUAUUGCAACAACUGGAAGAAGAAAGAGUCCACCUUCAGGAACCAGAAGAAAUACUUCAACAACUCCUUCAACACCUCCACCAAUUACUAAUGUUGACACAAAGACACCUCCACCAUCGAAUAAUCAAGGAAAGAUGAGAGUUACCAAUUUGAGUAUAUACGAUUCUACACUGUCAAAUAAAUAA